AUGGCUCAGUCCGAGAUCAAUAAACAGGCUGGAGACCCUCAGGAACAAAGAAUUCUGCAACCCGAAACUCCCUGCUUCUUCAUGCUUCUAGUUGAAAGAAAGGCGGAUCGAGCUACCGCAUCUAGGACAGUUCCACAACCACUACCUCAGGCCUCGGCAGAGCGAGGACCUAGCUCUAUAGCAUCUUACUCCCCUCAGGGCAACGACGCGAGCAACAUUACAGAGGAUGGCGGCCUUGCUGCUGGCACUGAUAGCCAUGGCAGCCCAGAUGACCAGCGUAUUGGGGCCGAGAUCUCCUCAGCAGCCUUGGGGCAGAGUAAUCAAGCUGGCCGGCCCUUCUAUACUGGAGAGGCGCCGGGAUUCACGUCCGUGCUUGAUGCCUGUUCGCCAUCACAGCAACCUGUCGCAAGACAUAUCCUCAUCUCGGAAGCACCCAUUUCGUUAUCUGCACAAGACCGUGAAUAUCUACAGUACAAGGGCGUUUUUACUCUACCCCAGAAAAGCACCUGCAAUGAGCUCCUCCGUGCAUAUUUUCACCAUGUACAUCCCAUGAUGCCGAUAGUCGAUGCGACAGUGCUGCUCAAGUUCCACGAAACUGGAAAAGCUAGCGAAUGGAAUUUGCUAUUGCUGUGGAGCAUGUUCUUUGUCGCAGCAAAUUUUGUCGACGCUCGAGUAUGGACUCUUGAAGGCUACUCUUCCCGCAAAGAGAUGAAAGCUGCCAUGUACACUCGUGCAAAGUGCUUGUACGACAAUGGCGGUGAGACGGACAAAGUCGUCCUCCUGCAAUCGGCUCUCCUCAUGGGGUUCUGGCACUCCAAAUGGGACGGACACUCGCAGCCGUGGUACUGGAUAGGCGUUGCAAUUAGUCUCUGUCAAAUGCUGGGCUUGCACAGAGAUCCAGAUUCGGUCAAGUUCAACACUUCCUUUCCUAACCACCAGCGACAUCUUUGGCGUCGUCUCUGGUGGACUUGUUUCUUCAGGGAUCGCUCGUUGAGCUUGACGCUUGGAAGACCAUUGAGGAUCAAUCUCAACGACUGCAAUACGCCGAUGGUCUCGUCUGCCGAUGUGCUAAGCGACCUGACACAAAUACCGGCUUCAAUUGCCAGCGCAUAUAUCCCAGAAGAUUUCUCUCAGCUGGCUCACUAUUGGAUUACUCUGAUUGAACUGAGCAAACUUCUGGGCGACGUUCUCACUUUGUGUUACCAACCUUUCGGCCCCAAUCCAACGCUCCGUCAGAUUGAACUCCUGGAAGCGAAACUCUUGCAAAUGCAGCUCCCGGAGCGAUUUGCGAUUGAACAAAGUCGCCUGGCAUCUUUCUAUCUAUACCAUUUACAGUUGCAUUAUCACGCGAUUUUGAUCACAUUUUAUUGCCCGUACAUUGCCAAGGCCCCAGAAGACCUAUCUCCAGCCAUUAAAAAUGAAUGGCAGAAUGAGAUGCGAAACAAGAUGGAUUCUGCAGCUGUACGCUCGAAUGCCAUUGUCGAUAACAUUGUACGGGAUAAACUUCUUCGGUUUGCUUGUCCUAUGACCUUCUGUAUCGGCUGCAGUCCUUCUCUUCUAGUAUCAGCCAUGCAUGUGCAUCUCCUCAACUGUAAAUCGACAGAUGCUCUUUCUCGCCGUCUCAGCCUUAACAAGCUGGAGCUUUGCAUGAUGGUUAUGGAAGAUCUAGAGGAGACGUAUACAUCAGCCUCCGUGUAUCGGGGCGUUUUCCUGGAAGCAAUACGCCAAUUGUACCCAAAUUAUUCUGGCAGCCCGGCUGGGGCUGCUUCAACUGCCGGAGGAGCCUCUCUGUCUCGUGCAACGCCUACGGAUGACUCGGCCGCCCUACCCAACAUCAAUGAUGAUAUUCUUACGACUCUUUUGGAUGAAGCGUCAUGCUUCAAUUUUUGGGAAUCUUUUAGUGAUAUUCAGCUGGAUCUAGAACCGAGCUUAUGA